AAGUUACUUUUAAAAGUAACUCAUUACAUUACUAGACUACUGCUAUUAAAAAGAAAGUUGCUAUGAUACUGCGUUAUCUACUGAGAAAAGUCAUGCGUUAGAGUACUUUAGAGUUACCAAAAAUUACAGUAAAACCACUUUGUGACUUGUUGCACUUGUCAGUUAUAUUGUCCAGAGUGUGUGUACUCAACUAUACAUGUAUCCUUGAAUAAAUUGACUCUACCAUCAUUUGUAGCCUUCUGCACGGCCCACAAUCGGUAACUCCACAGCCUGAUAAUAAGAUAACACUGCUUUUUUUUGCCAACAAUCUGUCAGAGAACUGGGCGCAGGCAAACAGUAUUCACAGCUGUUUCAAUGAAAACAAGACAACAAGCAAUUAUCCUCCAGGCACAACUUGCAUUUCACUGUGAUGUUGUUCUUGUCCCUUUUUGACCAAAUAUUCAAAAUAAUGGCAAUAUUUCCACAAAGUUCAAGCUGUCCUCUUUGCCAGUCUCACUACAUUAAAUUACUAAACAGCAGAUUUCUUCAAUUUCCGGACUAACAAAAAAGUAAUCUGAGUAUUCUUAUGGAUUACUCAGUCAUGCCAUGGUCACACAUACAUGAAUGCAGGCAACCACACGCGCAGUCAGCUGUGGCUUUGACUUUGCAAUUCAAUGUUCAGCAAAGUUGAGCUCUGUGUGGAGCCAGGAUGCAAAAAAAAAAAACUGCUGCCCACUUCACAGCCAUAGAAUGGUGCUGAACUGGAGGCAAAUGUUAAUUUUGCAUACAUGUGACCACAGCCUUCGGCUAUAGGAGGUGGUAGGAGUAGGAGUCACAAGCACAGAGACACUGAUGUGAACCUGCGCUAUAGCUUCGCAGGGGAAACCUGGCUAAUUGUGCUCAUUGAAACCGCGACCAAGCUGGAACAGUCAGGAAACAAGUGUUGGGCAAAAAUUUGAACUGUUCAUACAUCCUGUUUACAAAAAUUAUAUCUAAACACAAAUCUUGUUUUUUUUCACCGAAAUAUUAUACUCAAUUUUAAGUUAAUAAUUGUAAAUUCCUCAUUUGGGAGUCACUGUAUAUGUGAGCAACUGUCUUUUCAUUAUCGACACAGUAUUGAAACGGCUGAUUCAGUGAAGUACUAAUUGUCGUACUUGUCUUUCAGAUGUCACUGAAAGUUGUGGCCACUGUUACUUUUAAAUGUUAAACUGAGAGCAUUGAUGGUACAAGCCUCUCAUUCUAUUGCUGUUUCUGUAAUACAAUAUAAAUGACUGGCAGGAUGUUCUCAUUCUUUACAUUGUGUUUUGUUAUCUCUACUUUUCAUAAUCCUCAUUAAAAAUACAAAAUCUAAUUUGGUUAGGGUCCCUGUCCAAUGAGGUCGAAUGAAUCCACAUGUUUAAGAUCAACUCUGCACUGCAAAAACUCAAAAACAGCUAUGUUCAUCUGAUUUCAAGUUAAAGUGUCGCACUUGAUAUAAAAGACGGUAAAAUUAUUUUUAGAUCAUUUUCACUUGUUCCAUGGAAAUACAUUUUAACUUACUGUAAGAAAGAAACGCCUUGGUUUCAUUGUUUUCCUUAUUUUGAAGUGGCAUUUUUUGCAGUGUGACUUCCUUCUGUGGGAAUACAUUUUUUUUUUAAAAAAAAAACCAGCAGCACUCUUCUGCAUCAAAGUUUCUCUGCUUAUAAUAAUCCCAUCCUGCUGGCAGCGCAGAUGUAAAUAAGUUUUAGUAACUUAAACUUCAAAAUUAGAGGUGGGUGUUUCGCCUUUAAGAGUUAAGAAACUUGAAACCAAACCUUGUUUGCGCAACAAUCAGUGCAGCUCACAGCCGCCAAAGUGUCUAGACUAGCACAUGAUGGUAGUCAGCCAAUGGCUCCACCGCUCUCCUCGGGGGCCCCGUGUGUGCGUGUGUGUAUGUGUGUGUGUGCAUGUGUGAGGAAGAGGGGGGAAAAAAAGAAAAAGAGAGAGAAACGGAGAAAGAAAGGGAUCGGGGCUUCAGUUUGGUUUAGAUCUGAGUAGAGGAGCAGGAGCGCGAUUCAGCCCCGGAUUGAUCCUCCUCGUGUAAUUCCAGCUCGCACGGAUAUUUUGUUGGGAUUGUAAAGAAGAAGUGCACUGACAUCUCAAGAAGACGACAAGGAUCCUGACUUCUAAGUGCAUUUUCUUGGAAUUAAAAUCGCCUCGAAGUACCUCAUGCUCUACGUGCCGGUGUAGAAAGUAGAUUUUGAGGUUGUUAAAAGUCCGAAACUGUUUCAGAGCUGCGAGUUUGCCGUCUUGUGUGUUGAAGGCUGCUGGUUUUUGGAUUAUGUUACUCAGUAUAUUAUGUUAUGUUAGUAUGUAUUCUAAGUUUUUUAUUCGUUCGUAACAAACACUAUAAACAAUCAAUCCCGCAGCGAUCCUGGAUAAUAAUAAGUCCCUUUAUUAUUUUCAGUGUUAUCGGCUGAAUGAAUGCACCCUGAUCGGAAUGCUGCAGUGCAUUUAUUGCGCGAUUUUGUUGUUGUAGAUGCAACAAAAUCGCCUUCUCUCUAAUGUUGCGGUUUUGCCACCAAUGCUCGUCAGUCGGCUGUGCAUGCGUUGCACGGCAUUUCACAGACAUUAAUGUUUUGCAACGACCGGAGAAGUGUCUGUAAUAUUCGGAUAUCCGUACAAGAAUAAAAGAAAAAAAAAAAAAAACCCAUAUAGAUUUUCAAGUUGUCGUAUGUUCAGGACGAAACGCUCAGGUCUUGUGCGGCGACUCUGGAGAAGCCGUUUGAUCCCAGAUACAGAAGGGGAAGAUGGAAAUGGCAAAACUAGUGAGGGCUGUAGGGACGAUCUGUUCGGAAACAACCCAGAGAAAAUUCCCAAAACGGAGCUCGGACCGAUGACCCCUAGCGGGUCUCUUGUAGGGGACAUAGGGGGUGUGUGCAGCCGGAGCCCCGUGGAGAGCAGCGGCUUGGGGGUCACGUCGGACCAAGAUGGGGGUGCGGUGUGCGUCCAGGAGCAGGGGAGCCCCCGCUCCAUACAGGACAGAGAAUGCAGGACAGUGACGUGCUGCUUAUUUAAAGACCGGGACCACUCCGAGCUUAGGGGUCCAGAGACGGCUCAGGGUGCCAGGGAUCCAGGGUCGUGUCACUUCGUGCUGAGGAGCCUCGGGCCGCGGGACAGCGGCUCUCCCGAGGCGCAGGAGGCGAUGCCACGCGCGGUGCUGGAGCAAGAACUGAAAUCAGCCACAUACUCUCUGUUAAAAAGGCUAAAGGAAAGGGCGCUGGAUACCUUACUAGAGGCAGUGGAGUCCAGAGGAGGGAUGCCGAGCGACUGUGUUAUGAUUUCCCGGACAGAGCUGAGGUUGGGCGGCCAUGUGGCAUCCCCACAGCUGCUUGUGUGUAAACUGUACCGCUGGCCCGACCUCCAGCACCCUGCCCAGCUCAAACCGCUCUGUGAGUGUAAGAGCUUUGGGACCCUGGACAGUCCGACAGUAUGCUGCAACCCCUAUCACUACAGCCGGCUCUGUGGGCCAGAGUCACCCCCACCUCCUUAUUCAAGGCUUUCCCCUAAUGAAGAACACAAGCCACUGGAUCUGUCAGACUCCACAUUGUCUUACACUGAAACCGAGGCAGCCAGCUCACCAAACAUCACACCAGGGGAAUUCUCAGAUGCCAGUAUGUCACCUGAUGCCCCUAAGCAGAGCCAUUGGUGUAAUGUGGCAUACUGGGAGCACCGCACACGUGUGGGUCGCCUCUACACAGUGUACGAGCACUCCGUCAGCAUCUUCUAUGAUCUACCUCAGGGCACGGGCUUCUGCCUGGGCCAGCUCAACCUGGAACACCGCAGCAGCACCGUUCAGCGCACACGAGGCAAAAUUGGCUACGGCAUCCUCCUCAGCAAAGAGCCGGACGGCGUUUGGGCGUAUAACCGCAGUGAGCACCCCAUCUUUGUCAACUCCCCAACCCUGGAUGUGCCUAACAGCAGAACUCUGGUGGUGCGAAAGGUGAUGCCAGGCUUCUCCAUCAAGGUGUUUGACUAUGAUCGUUCGUGCCUCCUGAGGCACACCACAGAGGCUGACCUCCUGGACGGACCCUAUGACCCCAACAGUGUGCGCAUCAGCUUUGCUAAGGGCUGGGGCCCCUGUUACUCAAGACAGUUCAUCACCUCCUGCCCCUGCUGGCUGGAGAUCCUCCUCAACAACCAUAGAUAACACAGACGGACCCCACAAACUAUCCCAAAUAUCAUCUACCUAGAUUUAAUAUAAAGUUUUAUAUAUUAUAUGAAAUAUAUAUUAUACUUGUAAAUACGGAGUCAUUUUUACAAUGUAAUUAUUUAUGUAUGGUGCAAUGUGUAUAUGGACAAGAGGAAAAAAACGGAAAAUGCACUUUGGCUUAUAUAUAUUAUAUAUAUAAAUAUAUAUAAAGAAUCUUUCAAUACCAACUUGAGAAAUUAUACAGCAAAAUUAGGAUGAGUCUGGAUGUGGUGUAUAGUUUUCAUAUACUAUUAAUAUCCAGACAAAAAGCUAACACCAUUCACACAUUGAUAAUAAAGUAUUCGCAUA